AUGUCUUUCUCUCAGUUUGGAUAUCCUUACAAUGCAACUUCACAGUUUUUCGUGUCGGCAAACCCCAGUACGACUUGCUGCGAUUCGAUUUCCAGGUCGGUCUCUGACGGGACGAGCGGUACCCAGACUCCUGCUACCUUCUGCUGCCCUUCCUACGAGAACCGGCUCCUGUCCAGCACACGGACAGAGCUCAACGCGGCACUAGGGAUGUAUAGCUCGCCCUACGCUGCCGCGGCCGCCGCCAGCCAGAACUAUGCCAGCUACUUCCCCUACAGCGCCGAGCCCUCCGCUGCUAUCUACUCAUCUCUGAAUCCACAGUAUGAAAUGAAGGAUGGCACAGGCACUCUGCAUUCUGGCAUAAGUCAACCUGCCACCUACUAUCCUUAUGACCACUCACUGGGCCAGUACCAAUAUGACAGGUAUGGGACUAUGGACUUUAAUGGGUCAGCCAGGAGGAAGAAUGCCACACGUGAGACCACCAGUACCCUGAAGACAUGGCUGUACGAGCACAGGAAAAAUCCCUACCCCACCAAGGGGGAGAAGAUCAUGCUGGCCAUCAUCACCAAAAUGACCCUCACCCAAGUUUCCACCUGGUUCGCCAAUGCCAGGAGGAGGCUAAAGAAGGAGAACAAGAUGACCUGGUCACCAAAGAAUAAGGCUGGGGACGACAGGAAGGACGACCUGGAUAAAAGUGACCAAGACUGUGUCACCAAAGAUGAGAAAGACCUUCAUCUGAGUGACCUGGAGGACAUGGAGGACGAGGACUGUGACAAGCGGGACAGUGACUGUGAGAAGAUGGCCCCCAAGGGCCCUGAGGAACAGAGGGACCUCCACAGGGCCAUGUCUGGUGGUGGUGUUGGCCCUGGAGGCCCUCCAAAGAGAGACUGCAGCUCAGAGCUCUCCCUCUCCUUGCCCAACAGCUUCCACCACUCAUUCCCAUGUGGUAUCAGGACCCUACCCGCCCUGCCCUCUCUACCCGCCAUGCCCUCAGACUUCCUUGAUCCACUGGUGAAGUGCAAGCCCCCCUCCACCACCACCACCAUCCCCACGGGCACUCACACUGUGUCCCUGUCACACUUCGAGGUGUCGGACCGGGACAAACCGAGGAUCUGGUCUCUGGCGCGUACAGCGGCCACGGGGGUCAUCCUGGGCUCUGCUCACCACGGGGCCCCAGAGCUCCGGACAGGGAGUAUGCUGGGAGACUGCCAGCUACAGGGGACCAGGCUACCAGUGACUGGUACCGGACAGUGUGGGCCCCUCAGGGGCCUCCAGGAUCCUACUAACAUAUCCAAUGCCGAGAACCCUUUCCAGGAGGGCCCCUUGUUGCAAUCUAAGGUCUAUAGUGCAGGCAGCUACAACCACAAGGCCCUCCAACUGCACUGUUCCUCCUAUCCUGCGCUUUCAGACUCAUGCCAGUACUCCACUAUCGAAGGAUUCCCCAGUGGGAAGGCAGAGACAGAGCCCUCGGAACUCAGUGACACAUGUGUGACCCUGCAGGAUGACAAGGUCACUGCCUUCAGACCUGUGAUGAAGAGGUGA